GAAGAAGCAGCAGCAGCGCAGCAGCAGCCUACAAUUCCCACAAUGCAUUGAGAAGGCACCCGGAAAGGUACGAAAACAUCAGCUGACUAUGACCAGUCAGUGUCUACUUUUUGACAGUUUAAAGGCAGUUAUUUAUUCGUUUAAAAGAUAGUUGUUUUGUUAUUUUUGCAUUAGCAUAUGUUAGUGAGUAAGUAGCUAUGUUACGACCAAAGGCGUUAACGCAGGUUCUGAGCCAAGCGAACACAAACGGAGUCCAAAGCACACUCUUACUGAACAAUGAAGGUUCACUUCUGGCUUACUCUGGAUACGGGGACACUGACGCCCGAGUGACAGCUGCCAUCGCUAGCAACAUCUGGGCGGCCUACGACAAGAACGGUCACCAAGCCUUCAACGAAGACAAACUUAAAUUCAUACUUAUGGAUUGUAUGGAGGGAAGGGUGGCCAUCACUCGUGUAGCCAACCUAUUACUGUGUAUGUACGCCAAAGAGACGGUGGGUUUUGGAAUGCUUAAAGCCAAGGCAGAAGCCCUGGUACAGUACCUGGAGGAACCAUUAACCCAAGUGGCCGCAUCAUAGUGGAGACAUGACUGAAGCUCUGCCUGUCGCUUCUGUCUGCCUGG